GACCGAAGGUGGCAAGUAUUUUGCAGUACGUCAAUACGCAAACAAACCCCAAAUCACGCUUCCCCAGAGCCGGUAUGUGUAACAGAUGACAAUAUGUGCUCCAAAAUCUCCAGACCACCUUAAUCGCUUAAUGCUCCUAUGGCGAACGCUCUGGAGGGCAGGAUGCUAUGUAUUGUGCUCAUCUGGACCGACGAUUAUACGGCACGAGAUGAGAACGUGUUCCAUGCUGGAAGUUGAUCCAUUCCUAGUUUCCUUUGCGCCACAAAACUCCGUGACUGGCUGUCACUUGCACAUGAGAGUAAUGCAUGAACACUAUGGUCCGGUACCCUUGUUUUCGCUUCUUUUCUUUGCAAAUCCGCAGAGAUCUGAGAUGAUGGAUUCGGAACCUCGUUCCCGUCGUCCGCUGCAUGGGAAAGCGUUAAUUUCCUGUGUCCAGAGCACCGGGGGCCAGCCGGAUGCUCGGGAUGAAUCUAUACAAAAUCCUCUCAUCUCGGAGGACGGCCCCAGUAAGGUAAGAACGGGAAGUCCGUCUGCCAAGACAAUGGAUCCUUCGGCGGUCCGCUGGGAAACUCUCCAACCGGUGGUUCUCCUAUGAGACAAUGGACGCGGAACAGUUGAUAUUCGUAGGCUUGC